AUAUAUCUCAUUCAGUCGCUUUAAUGCUUUGAGACGGUGCUUUUGUGGUUUCCUUCUUUCGGCGUACACAAGCGAACACUUGGCAGAAAAUUUGAAUACACAGCGAAAUGACGUGACGAAAUGAUGCUUAUUGAAGGGCCUAAAGAGCGAGCUAAGGGUUUGUCGUCGAAUCGGCAGAAAAACACCAAUGAAAAGGAAGAGCAGUGCGAGCCGGUAGAAUGCAGCGUUUUGCCGCCAAAAACGACGUACCUCGUGCUCAGAUUCGCUCCCGGGAUCGACCCUCAGGCGCUGCAAUGGCUCAUCAGGAAAAUCAAAACGCCCAGAGAAAAGGGUGGAGGCGAACUGCUGCUCAAACGACAGCCUAGCUGUGACGAAAAGAAGGGUGCCGUCCUGCACGUGUCCGCCAGUGCCGAGCGAAUUUCAGAGGCGGCUGAACACCUUGAUCUCAGGCUUAUUGGCCAAAACGAGCCGUUGAGUUCGUCAGAACGAAGGUUCAUCGUCCUCCACGAACUGAUGCAGGGAAUCAGGGCGCUCCCUGAGGACCACCAUGUACCUGGAUACCCUACGGCGAGGCUUUACAAUGGACAGUCAAUAGUUGAAGUUUUCCACGAUGUGGGGCUUUUAGAAAGCUUCUACCCGUUGCACAAUAAAGAAAAUUUGCGGCGCCUCAGAAAACUUUGGUAUUGCAACUUUUUUCAGCACCAGCCCAUAGAUGAAAUUCGCGCUUACUUUGGUGAUGCAAUCGCCAUGUACUUCAGCUUCCUUGGCUUUUACACGACUGCACUGCUGUUCCCGAUGCUGCUCGGCUUGAUUCAGAUGUGGUUUUCUGGACCAGACUCAUUGCUGCCUGCCUUUUUCACCAUUUUGAACUCUUUCUGGGUUAUUCUCUUUUUAGUGCUGUGGAAGCGGCACAGCAACUGUUUGGCGUAUUCCUGGAACACGAUCAAAAUGACCGGACUCGAUGAUGAGCCACGGGCUAGUUUCCGCGGCGAAAUGGGCGAGGACCGCGUGACUGGUAGGAUAUUGCCUCAGUAUCCGAGGUGGAAAUCGUUUGUCAAGAUGUAUCUAGUCUCUUGGCCGAUUGCAUUGGUUUGCGCCUCCAUAGCCUUUUACAUUAUGCUCGCCUCGUUUUGGGCUGAGCAAACAAUUUUAGUCUGGGGGACGAUGCAGGAAGAUGGCACUCAAAUGAAGCCCGAUUACGCGGUGCAAGCUUUGGUUAUGAUUCCCAGCAUUGUGUACACAGCUCUAGUCUUUUUGAUGAAUUAUUACUACAGAAAAUUAGCAACUCGACUGACAGAAUGGGAAAACCACAGGACUCAAUCACAGUUCGACCGGCACAGAGUUCUGAAGCUGGUCGUUUUCGAGUUUGUCAACAACUUCAUGGCCUUGUUUUAUAUCGCCUUUGUUUACCAAGACUUAGAAAUGCUGCGCUAUCAAAUUGCCCUGAUGUUGAUCUUGCUGCAAUUUUUGAACCACUUCCAAGAGGCCAUCAUUCCCUAUUUCCUGCUCAAGCACGCACGCAAGGUAAAGGAGGCGCAUCUCAACGGCGUAAUUUUCUUCCUUAGUUUCUUUGUUAUAAAGGCAGCCACUCGCAGCCCUAACCAGAGGCUAAGAGCAAAAGUUUUGGUGAUAAUAUUCAGCAAAUUGUUCGGUGGCACAGAAAAGAAGAAGAAGGACCACGACUCGGACGCUUCCUCUUCAGAAGACGAUGCGACAAAACCGCUCAUUCCUGCCGAGGACCGCACUGGAGCUCGGCUAAGGAGGCGUCAGAACAGUAUAAGCCUCGAUUCAAAGUCGAGAUCAGGGUUCUUCUCCGUGCUUAGUGAUAUCCCUGAGCUUGACGACGAAACGAUUGCACGCCAAACGGUUGAUGAAGGCGAAAGAGACGAAUACGAGAGCACCUACGAUGAUUAUUUGGAACUGUUCAUCCAAUUUGGCUACGUGAUUCUCUUCUCAUCUGUCUACCCAGCUGCCGCCCUUUGCGCGGUGAUUAACAACGUGCUUGAAGUCAGGGCAGAUGCUUUCAAACUGUGCCGGGUCACUAGACGACCUAUUCCAAAAAGGGUCAAAGAUGUGGGUGCGUGGCAACGAGCGUUUGAAGCAGUAGGCGUCAUUUCGAUUUGCACCAACUGCGCACUGCUAUACUUGCUACCAGGUCUCAGGGAGAGCUUGGCCCCUGGGGCCAGCGAACUGAACUGGGCGCUGGCCGCCGGAACCCUGGAGCACGCACUCAUCGGACUGGGCCUGCUCUUGUACCUUGCGGUUCCUUCACAGCCGGAAUGGGUCAGGGUUGCCCUCGCCAGACACAACUUCCAGUCCACCAGGGCCCUCAAACUCGGCUGAUUCAAUUGUGAUGGACUCUUUAUUUAGCUUUAGUGCUCAAUUAAAUACGUUUUGUGCCAAACUGA